GUUAUCUCAAACGGUCACCACCCUUUUGAUUGCUUCACACAAUCUUUUCUUAAUUUUAAUGUAAGUUUCAUCCGUCGAUUGUUAUCUUUUUUCCUUACUGAUCUCUUAAUGUAGGAAACUUUAAAAUUGCGGUCAACUACUUUUUUACGACUCAUUCAUGAACCAUAACAGUAACCUCUGUUGAACAGCGUCAGUUAGCUUGGCUGCUUUUCCUAAAUUUUGACUCGAAGGUCCUAUGUACAACGAAGACAAUACGCAGGUGGUGAUCACUUAACGGAUGAUUAGUUUAUUGUUUACCUAAAGCUCUUUAAAUAUCACCCCAACUGUAAUCAAGAAUUGCCAAACAUCUUUGAUCAGCAAUCAUCUUCUAAGACUGUUGGAGCCUAGGAGCCUGGAGACUAGUCGGAAGGACAACUGCUUCUCCACCUGUAGCUCAUAUUUUUUGCUGUCAUCAUCCUAGAAAACACUCUCCUCGUUGCACAACGAAUAGCUACCAUUUCAUUUUGUUUUAUUCAUUUUGAUUUUUGUCUCUAUGCUAUACUUCAAUCAUCAUCACCUAAUGUGCUAUGAAUUCAUAUUACCAGAUGUAGCUUUAAACUUUUUUGACCUCAGUAAUUUUUUACUUCAUUCCAAAAGUCAUUUUAGCUGCUGAUUCUGCACAUGAAUUAAAUUUUACAAUCACCUAUCCUCUUUUAAACUAAAAUCAAAAAAUGGGAAACUCAGCUGUAAAAAAACACGUUGAUACUGCCAGUAAAACUGGCGUGUUAAAUUUAUCUAAGAGCAGACUGAAUGAAUUUCCAAGUAAUUUAAAAGCAAUCCAGCACACUUUAAGAAACAUUGAUUUGUCUCAAAACCAAAUCUCUUCCAUCCCCAACUAUAUUGAGAACUUCUCGGCACUUAAAUGCUUAACAUUAAAUAACAAUAAAAUUGAUAGAAUUCCAGAUGAAAUUGGAAAUUUAAAGAAAUUGGAAGUUCUGUCAUUAGAGUCCAAUCGAAUAAAAAACAUACCAACAACCAUUUCUGCACUAGAAAAUUUGAAAUGUGUCAGGCUCAGUGAAAAUAUGUUAUCCUAUUUCCCUCUUAUUUUUUGUGGAAUGAAACACUUGGACUUCUUGGACCUUUCAAAGAAUAUGAUAACAGAAAUCCCUGAUGGGGUCAGUUCUUUACAUGUUUCCGAACUUAAUUUAAACCAAAAUCAAAUUUCCAUUUUGUCCAAUGAACUUUCCCAGUGCCCUCGUCUUAAAAUUUUACGUUUAGAGGAGAAUUGUCUAAGUUUGUCAUCAAUAACUCCUUCUUUACUGAGAGACUCCCAAAUUACAAAUUUAAGUGUACAAGGUAAUCUAUUUGAUAUGAAGGCUUUCAUGGAACUUGAGGGUUAUGAGGCAUAUAUGGAAAGAUUCACUGCUGUAAAAAAGAAACUGUACUAACAGUUCAAUUAUACAACAUCACAACGAAAAAUAAACUCUACCUGCUUAAACAUUGCA